GAACCCUAAUCCUAACAAUUUUAGUAUUGUUUAUGGUGGGCAACAAAUAACCCGACCAAAUUACAUAGGUUAUUUUUGGUAUGUUGUCAGGAGUGUUAAAACGUGUUUUUAAUUUAUUCGCAUUGCGCAUGUUCUGUCUCUCAUAGGCGCGGUACAUCUAUACGAUAUCUACCAUCUAUGCAGAUUGACGUAAAUUGUCCAUGGACCUACUCCCUACUUUCACUGCGCUUGCUGUCACUUAUGUGACUGCAAAAUAUGGGUAAUGUUAAUCAGUUAGCAAGCAGCGAAGAGUUAUCAAUCGAACGAUGUGUAAUUUUAUCUUUGUGACUAAAUUCACUCUGUCCGGAUACUUAAUUCGAUCACUGUGAAGUUAGCCAUAUUUUCUUGCAUAAUUUAUGGACGUAUGGCCGUGAUAGUGGCAUAGGUAAACUAAAUAGUGUAGGUGAAGUAUAUUCGACUCCGUGUUUGCUGCAGUCUCCAGUGAGCUGCACUUGGACAAUGUGGGGCCUAUUCUUCUCCCUUCUGAGCUGGGUAGGGCUCAGCCCUAUCCCAUUUGUUGCUGGCUUGAUUGGGACAACAGAACCGGCUCUCAAAUUACUUCUAUCAAUCUUUAUGGUCUAUCCUCUGGCAAUAGUAUACCAUCAAUAUGUCAAACAACAUAAAGAGUUACGGAAUAUCUACUUCAUUGUGACAGGCUUUGACAUAGCUCUAUACAACUUUGGGAUAUCAAUGUACCAUAAUCUUAUCCCAACGCUUGUUAUAUAUUUAACUACAACGAUUUUUGGGCCAGGAAAGAUAAAUGUAAUUAUAACAUUUGCGUUCAACGUAACUUAUCUUAUGGCUGGAUAUAUUUUGACUGAAUCUGAAGAUUAUGACAUUACGUGGACAAUGCCUCACUGUGUGUUGACUUUGAAGCUUAUAGCUUUGUCGUUUGACAUGUGGGACCACCAAAGGAUGAAAGCAGGAGAGCAACUGUCUGCUACAAAUCAAAAGACAGCAAUUGAGAAUCCACCCACAUUAAUAGAGCUGCUUGGAUUUGUGUACUUUCCCUCGUGUUUCCUAGUAGGCCCUCAGUUUUCAUUCCAACGCUACAUAGACUUUGUUCAUGGAAAAUUCCCAUUGGAGCAGUAUGCUGGCCUAUAUGAAAAGGAAUCUCUCAAGAGACUUCUGCAAGGCAUACUUUAUUUGGUAGCAUUCCAACUAGGAGUGAGCGUAUUUAGCAUGCAGUACAUGCAAUCAGACGAGUUCUGGGAGCGGUCCAUCUUCUACCGCCACCUGUACUGCGGGCUGUGGGCGCACUUUGCCCUCUACAAGUACAUAUCCUGCUGGCUGCUCACUGAAGCCUCAUGCAUCCGGUUCGGGUUGUCGUACAACGGGUCGGCGCCGACGGCGGGAGGCGCGCUGGCGCCGCGCUGGGACGGCUGCAGCAACAUCAAGCUGCUGCGCUUUGAGUUCGCUACCAAGUUCCAGCACUACAUCGACAGCUUCAACUGCAACACCAACCACUUCGCCGCCGAGUACAUCUACAAGCGACUCAAAUUCCUCGGCAACAGAAACGCUAGCCAAUUUUUCACAUUGCUUUUCUUAGCGCUCUGGCACGGAACCGGGUCCGGCUAUUAUAUGACUUUCUUCAACGAAUUCAUUAUCAUCUUCAUGGAGAAAGGUUUGGAAUCUAUUUUGACCAAACACGAGUUUUAUCAUACCAUGUGGUCCAACAAUAUCGUGCAGUACAUUUUGUACGCCGUGCUGAAGCUCUACACCAUAGUAUUUAUGGGUUGGAGUUUGGUUCCUUUUGACCUCAAAUCAUUCUCCAAAUGGUGGAACAUCUACUCGAGUCUGUAUUUUUCAGGAUUUUUCCUGUUCAUACCGUGGGCAUUCGUUUAUAAGCCACUCAUUAUUUCUGGAAUCAAGUACUUCAGGUUAAAAGUUAAGUCUCAAUGAAAUAAGGGAUUCUAGGUCUAAUAAGUGAUUCAAAGUAAAGAUUGGAAAUACAAAUGACAACUAUAAAUGUUGACUACUAUGAGUAGAUCCAAUAGCGAGCGAGUGUUUUCGCAAACUCGGACCAGGAAAAAUUCAGACUUUAAUCUUAUAAGUAGAUAAUGCGUUCUCAAAUCUGGUUACCUAUCUUAUAAUUCUAACUUUUCUUACCUAUCGUCUGUUAUUUGAGGUGUUUAAAAUAUCAUACAUACAAAACACCUCUGUAUCUAUUGUGGUAUACAUUAUUGGCGAAUGAAUAAAAGGCAUAAUAAACUAACCAAAUGACGUCUUUAAAAUACCUAAAAGAACGAACUAUAGGAAACAAGAUUACUUUAAAAGUGUAAAUCCAAUCGACUUGAUAGUACCUAGUUAUAGAAAUGUGAUAAAAAAAGGUUUUGUGCUUAGGCGAGUUUCCGAAGUAGAUAGGUAGAUACGUAGUUAAAUCAUAUUAUUAAAUACUUAUGCAAGUAUAACUCUUAUUACUUAUAAUCUAGUUCGCUUUCUUUACUAUAAUAGCUACCACGUACCUGUCCUGUUUCUAUCACCUCCUUUAACUUAUUCUUAUUUCCGGUUAAACGGGUUUUCAAAGUUAUUAUUAUUAGACAAAGUAGAUACUGUAACACUCCAUCUUUACCUGUAAAAAAAUGAAUAUCAAUCAAACCUUUUGGUUUUACAAUAAUAUUCUUAACUACUAGCUUAAUACCUAUGUAAGGAAGGCUGUGAUGUGAAGCAAAAAGCACAAAGUUCAAAAAGUCCACUGCUGCAUAAUUAAUGUAUAAUAGGUACCUAAUUUAUACGAUACAGAUGUCACAAACUAACAUUCAGUACAACAACCAGCAUAAAAAUGUACUUGUUGUCUUUCCAUAAACUUUCGCUCUCACUGAUACAGGCAAUUUAAUAAUUCAUAAUAACAACUUACAGAUUUAAAAAUAGGUAUAGGUGUAGAGUAGAUGUACUGACGUCCUGUAAUUUGUAGUAGACCCACUACCAAUACACAUAAAUUGCUGAUAGACAUUAAGCUUAGGUACAGCUUAUAAUAUGUUGUUCUCAUGUGGCAGGCCAUAUUUGAUCUGGUAUAUAAAAUGCUAAUGUCAGAACCUUGUGGCUCCGUAGGCAUAAAUUCCUAUAUUGUAGAAGAAUGCCGUAAAUUCAAAUCUUCCACAACACAAGGCAAACACACAAACACAAAUCUUAAAUCAAGUUGGCAACCCAAUGUUAGUGCAGUGACUAAAAGUUGUCUAUGUAGGUAUUGAAAAAAUAAAUAGGCGCUCCUCAAUAAUAAAUGUAUAUGUAAUUUGGCAAUUUGAUAUUUCUUAUAAAGAACAAGUUUUAAGGUAUGCUGAAUUGACACUAGUACCUAAGUGCGCGUCUGUGCGUUACACGUUUCAAUCACUAUAUGCAUACAGUGUAUUCAGUUCAAAACUAUAUCGAUACCUCGGCCGAAAUGCUGUGUCAAUUUGUGAUCAAGUCACAUCACAAAAUUAAAAAUAGUAAGAAUUUUAAUAACUAAGAAUUUGUUACAUAUGUCAUACAUACGAGAACUGCAUUAAUGUAUGAAAUGUUAAACGUUUACGUUGAACGUAGGUACAGACCGCUCCAAUAUCCAGUCCGCUCGACUCUGUAGUAGACCUGCACAGGAAUGCCAUCUAUAUUUUGCUGCGACUCAGCAAAUCGCGCCAAGGGUUAGUUAUAAAUAGCGGACGGGAUGAUUGGCGCGAGCCAUAACAACUUAACAGAUCGAUGGUUCAUCAUCAUCAAGGAGUUGCACAGUAAUAGGUACCUUACCAUAAUAAACUACUUGUUACUAAUUCGAGUUUAAGGUCAAACGGGGUGAAUAGGGAUGAAAUCGGAAUAGGACCUUACCUGAUAAACUGAUAAUUUCUUAAAAACUACCCACACAAAUUAUAGCAUGAAAUAGUACAUUAUGAUACAAGUGUGCUAAGUUGGUCAUUACACACUAGGCGAUAUUGUGCGCGCGAGCUGUAAGCGAGCGCGCAAUAAAAAAAUCUGAUGUGUGUAAUGACCAAUGCACACGCGUUUCAUACGACGUUUUUCAACACACUUGCGAGGAAGUAAAUAAACUUAUAAAUUAGAUUUUUUUUUGUCAAAACAGUAAAAGUACAAUUUUCAAAAUGGUGGCUUACAGUUUUAACAUCUAAUAAUGGCACCAAAGUGUGCUAGGCUUGUAGGCACUUAUUCGCCAGUUCAUUUAAGUAAGCUACCAAUACGUUUUUCAAGAAAGACUAGGCGUUUUUGCUGAUUUUCCAUUGAAUAAAAGUUUGAUAUGCCGCCAAUUAUUUUUCACCAGAUUUUGAUGGUAAAAGGCUACCGUUCUCGACUUUUGCCUCGUAGUAUUGCUGGCAGCGGCGUAAAUUUUAGAAAUGUGUUCUUCAUUUUCAAUGCUUGAAAAUGACAUUUUCGUCAAAAUGUAAACUAAAAGCAUGCAAAACUAUUCCAAUUUUAUGACAAAUACGGAAAAUACUGACGCGAGUUAAAAAAAUUGUAUUAAUCGACCAAAUUAAGAAGGCUCCGUUUGCAUGCAUAUUAUUAGCAAUCGGUUACCUUCUUAACUCAGUCGGAUAAUAUAAUGAAAAAGCACUAGUAUUAUAAUAUACUGAAAGAGCACGCGUGUUUAAUAUCUAGGAUUAUGAGCCAAAAAUUGGUGAAAUAAAAACGUCGUUUGAGCAAGUGUAUUGAAAAAACUAUUAUUUAACCGAUUUGUAUUAGUAGAUUUUAAGAAAUAUGACGGUGGAAACUGAUUGAUUGAAUUUAAAAUACACCUCGACGUCGUGACAUGAAACUAUCGCAGUAAUCGAAGACCAUAUUAGUUUUUAAGAAAUUAUCAGGUAAAUCUUAUUCUAAGUUUAUAUCCCUAUUCACUCUGGUCGACGGUAUUAAUUUUAAUUUACUAAGCAUAAUAAAAGUUAAGCUUCAACCACGCCAUAGUCAACUUCUAUUAAUUUCUAACGAAACGACUCGAAGUUAACCACUGGGCUUUUACUUAAGUUAAAUGGUAAUGUGUAUUCUAUAGGGUGGGUAAUUUUACUUUUAUUUUAUUUUAUUAGCACUGCAGUUAAAAAAAGGUGCCAUUGGGUGAUUAAUUAUUGCACGUAUUGUUUUAUUUUUAGCUUUAAUAUUUACUGCCUCCGAUUAUUUUUGUCUUUUUAGCUUAAGUUUAAAUAAAUACUCCGUAGAUAUACUCCGCAGACCAUACAAUAGUACAUUAUGAUUCUUAUAAUAUACUGAAAAAGCACGCGUGUUUAAUAUCUAGGAUUAUGAGCCAAAAAUCGGUGGAAUAAAAACGUCGUUUUGAGCAAGUGUGUUGAAAAAUAUAAUUAUAUUCUUAUGAAAACUUUGAAAUGGAUCCGUUAGGUAAAAUAAUAAUACCGAUUGUAAAAUAAUUUAAAUACUGUUUAUUGGCAUUAUUAUGUAGCUUUUAUAAUUAUGCCCGAAGGAAAACGAUAUUUUUUUUCUCCAUACACAAGUGGCCCACUCUAAUGUUCUAGUACUUAAAUUCUUAAAGCGUAAGUUUGAGAAGUUAAUCUAUACCAUGUUUUUAAAAAAACUCAGUUAUUGAGUUUUACAAUUACUGAAUAAUGUAGUAGCACUGUCUGUUACCCACGUCAGACCUUUUUAGUACAGCCUAUCAAUCUUUGCAUCGAACGAUAAAACGCUAUUUUAAAUAUAUAGAUGUAAUUAUAUACAUAGUACACUACAAGUAAUACACACUUUCAUAGUUACUAUUUAAUAGUCAAUUCAUAAUACAUAUUAUAUAUAGCCACUCUUAGGUACUUUGCGAGUUGUGCAUAUUGCAUUAAUAGAGGUGGGUCUGCGGCUUCGGGCACGGGUUACAUAAAACUACAGCAGAUUCAUCACCCAUAAUACUAUUACCUUCAGUAAUACUAUUGCGUAUUUUACAAGUAUGUAAGGUAGAAAAAUAUCUGUUAUCAAGGAUUGACGUAUUUGCUCUAGUAUCGUGUAAUUUGUGCUUAGGAUAGUAAGUUAACACCUGAGCGCUAUGUGAAAAGAUGAGUACGUUAUUAGUAGGUAUAUGGUAAAUAAAUUCCUUGUAAUCUACCGAAGAUAUGUCACUGUGAUUGACUUAAGACGGAGGGUAGAGGUAAGGAGAACACUCUAUGUGUAUGAAAAGUGUCCAUCAAAAAACCUUAACUAGGUGGCGCCACAACAAACAAAUUUUUGACUUUGAUAAUAAAAUUCUAAUUACUGACAGCGCAUUUCACCCUGUCAAUAACGUCUAACGUCUUACUCCUUGUGCUACACUAGAGCCACCGGAGAUAUUUCGAACUAUAAUUUACAGCUGCCAGCUGGACACUAGCAACAGUGCUCCCAUAAGAGAUUGUUCUCCUUACCUCUACCCUCCAUAGACAAAAGCAUCAGGUGGGUCGUAUGCUUGCCACCAAAGUGUUAAGUAAGACCAAAGCCGAUGGCAGGGGCUUAAUCAACACGAGUUCGUCUUGUACCGCCCGUGGCACACACAAUGUUUUUCAUUUCAUCACACUUGUGAAGAAAAAUCUAAAUUAUAAGCGAAAUAACUCUUAAAUACGGUAACAUUUCAAACAUUCAUCCGCCAUAUUUGUCAUUGUUGACAGGUUAGGUACCGAAGGCACAGGUGCAUCCAGCAUUCGGCCAUGAUAGAUAAUUAUGUAUAUUAGCAUCGAGAGCACAGACCUAUUCGGCAUUCAGCCACGAUUAAAAAUUAUGUAAAAAAAAAUUAAACGGCUGUUAAAUUAAUCAAAUUAAUUAAGAUUAUAAACAAAAAUAUUAUUAAAUUAUAAACGUCAGUAUUUUAAAAAUAAAACUCAUUUAUGCUACUUGGUUUGUAUGAAUAAGUGUCAUAAUAAAAAAGGUAUAACUAACUCCCUAGGGAGUUAUAGCUUUUUUUUCACAAUCCGUACACUUACAUGAAAUAGGAACUUUUUCGAGCAUGUGUGAUGAAAAUAUAAUUUUAAUGGCAACACAACACAGAUCUCUUGCAAUAGAUUCUGAUUAGCUUUGGCUGUAUAGUCAUUCCCAUAAAUGUUAUGGACAAUGUGUAACUUUAUUUCUAAUAGUCAUUAUUAAUAAUUAUUGUUGUUUUUUUUUUUCACUUCCAAGUUACGUGGUGGGGUGGGUAUUUUCUUUAUUGUACAGUCAGCGUCAAAUACUUCGUAGCAGUCAAAGUAGCCAAAUAGUUCGGUAUACCAUAUAUUUAGUAUGGUGUAUCGAACUAUUUGGCCACUUUGACUGCUACGAAGUAUUUGACGCUGACUGUACCUAUUGUACGGUCGUAUGUUAUGUGGCUCAGGCUAUUUGUACUUUAUUGUUUAUUAUUUAUCUGAUUGUACGAUUAAUGAAUUAUACGUAUAGACAUAUCUGUUUAAUUUGUUAUAUUUAUAAGCUUUUAUUUAACUUGCAAUGUAUCUAUGUUUGUUUGUACGGAUCAAAUCUUGCAAGUUAAAUUUGACCCACUUCCCAGUUUCCGAUAAAGCUGAAAAUUUUCAUACAUAUGUAAGUACGGUGACAAUGCAAUAUUAAGGUACCAUCGAGCUGAUCUGAUGAUGGAGACAAGAGGUGGCCAUAAACAACGCAACCAUAUUGUGUUUGGAGGAUUCGCGAUUGUCAGCUUUUGCGAAUAACUGACAGGCCAAUAUCGUCCGGCGAAUUGGUAAUCAGUGGGCCCCCUUAAGACGAAAGUGGACGAGAGCACUACACAGUUUACCAGACGGGUAGCAUAAUUUAAAGUUGUCAAGUUUAAUUUCAUUCCAAUCGCUUUUACGGACAAAUGCACGAGCAAGUAGAGGGCUCAAGCGAUCCAACUGUAAAACCGGUUGUGAUUACCUAUGCCGUUACGGGUCUCGGGAGUAGCCUUACACUGGUCGUUGAGAGCUACAUUCGCCCGCAAUGAGAACACGGGCAGAGUUCGUCGUUAUUGAAUGUGUUGGGCUGUGUGCAAGCACAGAGCUCGAGGCGUGGGAGCGGACACCUGCAGACUUCCCUCUGCGCCUUGUAUUGAUCGAAAGCCUCACGAAUUUUUACGACCUUAGAUAGCAAUAUUACCACAGUAAAAUCUGAUUCAAUGGGAAUUGAAUAAAUAGCCACGAAAUCGGCGAUUGCAGUCCUUAAUAAGGGUCAUAAAGAUUCAUUUUUUGAUUAAGUACCUAAAUAUUUUCGGAAAUGAUCACUUCGAAAGGAAAAAUAAGUAUUCGUUGAUCUAUGGCUCUAAAAUUAUGAAAGUGAUGCAGUCUUUUAUUUAUUAAUGGUAUCACUAGAUCCGGAUUGAGGAUCAAAUUGCUACAUCGGACCCAUUUCAUUAGUUAGGGCAAUAUAAAAAUGCAUUUCAAAGUCGUCAAGUUGCGUUUGGCGGUCAUUUUUUUUGUGAUUAAUUGCUCAUUUUCUGUUUAAACUAGAUUAUGUUAAUACAAUCCCAAUUAUGAUUAUUGUAAAGACAAAUUUAAUUUAAUUACGACAUCUAAUUUAAUCCAGUAACUUGAUACAUAUUAGCGUUUGCGUCAAAAUCUUCUUUAGAUAUGGGCGAUAUAAUAUAAAGGACUAGUUUUUAAUAGUAUCUCUCAGAGCGUUUUUAAAGUAGACUAAAUUUACUACAAUAUUAGACUAGAAUUGUCUCUGUAGUCCUAAUAGUUUCCGAGAUAAAACCUUCCAAAGUUUAUAAUUUUUUCGAACUUGAAUAAAACGGGACCAAUAUAUAAAAUUCAAUUAAUAAAAUAGUUUUCAAAAUCGGUUCCGAAAUGACGGAGUUAAGAAGUAACAAACGUUAUAAAAAAAAACACAACCGAAUUGAGAACUUUUGAAAUCGAUUAAAAAUAGACUAUUAUUUAUAAUCGAAUGAUGCAAUCGGUGUGGCUAAUUACUUAUUAAGAGGGAAGUACCUAUACCAUGUGAUUGUCCAUACAAAAAGAGAAAACGUUUUUCCACUUCUAAACUUUUUCCUUUUUUAGUCACGGACUUAUAAGAUUAUCCACAUGAGAAGUCAAAGUGGGCCGUUCUAUUUAGGGUGACCAUGAGUUAUAUGUGGGUCAUUCUCGCAUUUCGUGCAAAUCGGUGUUUUAGGUAAUUUACCAAAAAUGUGUUGUUGUUUUCGAAUAUCUGUAAAAGCAAGGUUGUAACAUACGGCCUAAAGUAUAUGUCUCUUCAACGAACAAUUCUAAAAAGGUAAUAGUUUUCUUUAUAUUUACAAUUAACACCCAAUUUUUUCAUUCCUCUCUACAUGUAACGCAUGAAGGUAUAACUUUGACCUACAUUUGAACCUUAAGAUACUUAAAAUAGAAAACUCGUUGUUUGCUCACUUAAUGACUAAUUUAGUAAUGUUUUAAAUCGUUUAAUAUUAGAAGCUAGAUAUUAACAGUUAAAAUUAUACAGCCUUAUAAGUGUAUGGUUCAAGUAAUUUCUUCAUUACCGACGCGAGAAAUGGAUUAGCUAUAUUUUGCUACAUAGCAAGGGUAUAUAGCGUCUACCGCCGAUGCUACGCAUUGUUCGUCAGUCAGUUGGACGCGUGAUCUCGUAGUGGACGCGCGUAUGCCGCUGUUAGCGAACAUACCUACGUUCUCGCGUGUCGAAAAGGAGUGUGGUUCAAAACAAUCUUCAUCGCCAUCCAGUGAUUUACACAGUAAGUUCCAAGUGUACAUUAUUAUAAUUAUACUUAAUGAAGUGUUUUAGUGUUGCCUUCCAGAUGGUUUAUUCUGCAAAAUUAAGGUCUGAUGCCAACCGACGUAGGCGACAAAAACUUCCAAAACUUCAUUCAUAUCUGUUUCAUUCACUUCUUUUCCUUCCAGUUUUACUGGGGAAGGUAAUGGAUGCAUUAAGAAGGUAAUGUUAAUAUAUUCGAGGCAGUACAUUUAAUGGAAAGAGGCUCAGUUAUUAUAAAGAUUACGUUGUUAUAAACAUUUAAAACUGUAGAUAUGUAAUAAUAGGGGAGCCCAACCGGGGAUUUUUCGGGUUUACUCGAGCGCAGUAGAUUAACAUAAACCUGCCGCUCUGUUACCUUUACUUGUGAUGACACUCAAAACAUGAGUGUUCAGUACUUCUGUGAUACAUACGUUUUGAAUGUAGGGGUGCGUCUGAUAAAUAUUAAUCUUAAGAAAUAGUAUAUCAUAAAAAUCUGGUUAUUCUACUUCUGGUUUUAGUUCAUAAACCUGGUUCGUCGUGCAUAGCAGCUCUGGACGAAGAUACGGAGCCAACUGCAUCGUCGCCGCUCGCGAAUUCGUUGCACCGCACUUCGUAACGAAAUACGGUGUUACGCAUCUCACCCCCGGGCCAGGUCAGCCCAUGUGGGGGUAGUAUGUGGGACUCGCUCCUCCCACAGCUCUCUCUGCUACACAGAGGGAGGGGAGGAGAAUACCCACUAACAUCCCCUGCAGCGUCACCCGCUCUGCCGUUACUGGGAGCGCCGAGGUAUUGCAGCCAUUCUACCACGACGCUCCCCAGCAUGGACGCUGGGAGCACCCGCGCUAAGGAAGGAGAGGACCAGGGACGCUAUGGCCCUCCCCCUAGACGUGUGGGGCCGUAUGGUGGGUACCCAGCCCACCAGCCCUAUUGGAAGAUCAGACUAAGGCUGCUGCAUAGCGCCUUCGCCUUCUCCUCUGCCGUCUGCGCCUGAGAGGAUGCGCGUCCACAUUUUCCUCGCGUAUUCGCUCAGCGGCCUCCUUUUGUGUCAUAACGGUUUCACAGAAGGUGGCAACCGCAUUCCAUGAUCUCUCGCUGCAUAACAUGGCCGAGACAACACUAU